AUGGAGGGCGCGGCGGCGUUGAGAUCCCCUUUGGCUUCGAGCUCCAUUUCUUCCUCAAGCUCCCGCGCCACCUCGCGGAUGCAGAGCCGGGCGCAUGUGGACAUGCCUAUCUUUGUCUGUCCGCAGUGCUGGGAGGGCGUUGAUCAGAGGGUUUCUCACACACCGAGGAACCAGAAUCGUCUGUUCUACAUGUGCAGCGAGAAUGGGGGCUGGGAGUGGAACCUCGAUGCAGACCGAUGUCGACAGAUAGUACGGCGGCGGCUGGAUUCUCCGGACCGGCAGAUCACGCCGCCGCCGGCGCAGCUGCCGGACGACCUGAUCCACUACAGCAUCCUCGCCCGCCUCCCCUUCCGGCUGCUCCUCCGCCUCGCCCCCGUCUGCAAGGCGUGGCGCCGCCUCAUCCUCCACGACCCCGUCUUCGCCCGCGUGCAGGCGCAGUGCCCCUCGCCGGCCUCCGGCGUCCUCGCCCGCUUCCACCAGGGCCGGCUCGAGGUCCUCACCCCCGGGGCCGCGGCCGCCGCCGUCGCCCCGCCGGACGCCGGCCUGUCCUUCUUCCCCGUCGUCGGCGCGCACCGGCAGCACCUCCGGCUCUGCUCUACCACGAGCGGCCUUCUUCUGGUCACCACCGGCAGCACCUUCUGGGUCGUCAACCCAGCGACGCGCGCGUUCCGCACCGUCCCCUACUCCGGCGAGGGCGCCUUCAGGGCGUGCCUCGCGUACGACCCGGCGACGGCGCACAAGGAAAGCUACCACCUCGUCGUCCCCGCCCGGGCAAACAUGGAGCUGUGGAGGUUCUGGAUCUUCUCCUUCUCGUCGCUCUCGCGCGGGUGGCGCGCGUCGUGGGCGACCGUGCUGAUGCCGCCGUACGGCGGUGUGCAGCCCAAGGCUUUACACCUCGGCGGGCUCUCGUACUGGCUUUGCGGCCGGGGCGACGUGCUCUGGUACAACUACGGCGCCGACGCGGCGGGAAAGCUGCUACCGCCGCCGCCGCCGCCGCCGCCGCACGGGAGGAAGAGGCCGUCCUCCCUGGUCGACGGAGGAGGGUUCAUGGAGGGCAGCAGAGAGCUGGUGGCGUGGCACGGGCGGAUCGGGAUGGUGUCGGCGAGCCCCGCCCUGCUGGCCGUGUGGGCGCUGUCAUCGUCACCCUCGGCCUCGGGCAAUGUGUCGUCGCCGGCGCGGUGGGAGAUGGUGCACCGGAGGAGCUGGGACGAUAUCCCUGGCAUGGCGCCCCCCGCGUCGCGCUUCCUGUGGUCGGUGGUGCCGGCGGGAGUGGACGUCGGCGCGGAGGAGGUCUUGGGCCUGGCGGUGCGGAUCGGGUUCACGCAGCGCCGCCGAGUGGGUGGCGGAGUUGACAACGAGAAUGUGUGGCGUCGCGAGGUGUUGCGGUACGACAUGCGUACCGACGCCACGACCACGGUGGCGGAGCUGGUCGGGAAGGAGAAGCACGACGACUUCGUGGUCUUCGGCUACCACUCCAGCAUGGCGUCAUUGUACUAGCAGCUAAUUAAAAGCUCUCCGUCUCAAGGUUUUUUCUGAUAGUAAUUUGAUGGAACUCGAUCAUCGCAGGUACCGAUAGUAUUCUGGAUAUUUCACUUUUCAGCUAUCUAUCUACCUCUUCGUUUCUAAAUAUACAAGGCUUUUUAAAGAUUUCAAUACGGACUACAAACGAAUGUAUAUAGACAUAUUUUAGAGUGUAAUUCACUCAUUCUGCUUUGUAUGUAGUCUAUAUUGAAAUAUCUAAAAAAAGACUUAUAUUUAGGAACAGAUGGAGUAUUGUAUUAUCAAAACAAAAUGGUUUAUUUGAAUCUUUGAAAAUCCUAGCUAUUCAUAGCAUGAUUUUGUGCAAUCUCAAAGAGGAAGCGGUUAUUUUCAGGGGAUAGGGAGAUGUUUACUUUUGCUACCAAUUUCUAUAAGAAAUUUUUGGUCCUGCAGAAUCUAAUGUACAUUUUUUUUGCGGGAUAAGAUGUACAUGUUUACUUAGGACCUGAGAGUUAUUAGAUACAGUUUUGCUAAAUCACAUCUAGAUGUGUCAUAAGUAUUGCAUAUCUAAGUCCUAAGUCAUUGAUCUUACAUGGAGAUUCGUGUGGAUAUUUUCUUUUUUUCUUUUUAUUUCCUUCUUAUACUUGAUUGAGUGACUUAGAUGUGCAAUAACUAGAUGAUCAUCCUGGAAUUAAGUAGUACUGCCAUUUUUCAAU